AAUAUAUCAUGAAAUCAAGGUGGGAGUUCAUUUUGAACCUUUAUUUUUGUUUUGUAGUUUCAUUUGGAUACGAUAACUUGUCAAGUUUCAAGAAAGCAACACAAAGUAGCAGAAAUAAUGACACAAAUGCUUCCCCUGCCAGAGCUAUUGACAGAGAUAUCAACACAUGUUCUUCUACAGGACCAGAUAAUCCAGCAUGGUGGUAUGUGGAUUUACAGGAAAUAAAAAGUAUACAUGAUAUACAGAUUUACUUUUAUGGAACAGACACAGCAUAUAAACAACGACAAAGAGAGCUCACGUAUGGCUACCAAAUUUAUGUUUCAAACACAUUAGACUUAAGCAACUUGGAGAAUUUGCAUCAUUGCUACAAUCAUAGUGGACCUGACUUACCAGACUUAAUCUCCACACACGUUUGUGUUUCAUUUGGACGUUAUGCUAUGGUAUACAAUGAGAGAAUUCCUGGAGUUACUUACCCUUUUUCUAAUGGAGUGAUUCAAAAUUUUACAUAUAUCCAGAUAUGUGAAAUUACAGUUAAUUAUAAGUUUUAA